AGGCCUCGAGGCUGACCAGAAAGUCAUUGCGGCUCACGGCUGUUAUGCUAUGACUGCAACUACUGCUUUGACCGCGCAGAACACACAGGGCGUCACUGGUAUACACGAAACACCAUCAGAAUUUGUGAAGAAAUGUAUCGACGCCUGUGCUGAGGAUGUUGGUAUUGAUGUAGUCAAGACUGGUAUGCUGGCCUCUGCUGGCACCAUACAGGUCGUUGCAGACGCAUUGAGAAAGUACAAGCCCGCAUGCAGUAUUGUUGAUCCGGUCAUGGUAGCGACUAGUGGAGCAAGACUUCUGAAAGAGGAAGCUAUCAAGACACUCUGCACAGAGCUCUUACCUGUCACUGGUCUGAUCACGCCAAAUAUUCCAGAAGCACUUCUCCUACUGGAAGAAUCUGGCAAUAAAGUCAGCGACAUCAAGGAUCUCGAUGGCAUGAAGCGCCUGGCUAAAGCGGUUGCUGACCUCGGUCCUAAAAGUGUGCUGAUCAAAGGCGGACACAUCCCGCUGAAGAAGAACUAUGAAGUUGCUUCCAAUGAUGACGAGAAGGAAGUCCUGGUCAACGUACUCUACACGGAUGGGGACUUUUGUGUUUUCGAGUCCAAGUAUCAGGUUGCAAGAAAUACUCACGGCACUGGAUGUUCGCUUGCGUCUGCAAUCGCUUGCAACAUCGCCAACGGACUGAGUAUGGAGCGAGCAGUACGUGCAGCUGGUCGCUACGUCGGAGCUGGCAUUAAGACGAGUGUCGAUCUUGGUAAAGGCUCUGGUCCGAUCAACCACUUUCAUUCUAUCAAUAUCAUGCCCUUCCCACCUGGUGGUUUCGUGGACUGGUUGCUAGAACGAGAAGAUGUUCAAAAAGUCUGGAAGGAGUUCACCCAGCACGAAUUCGUCGAGAAGAUGGGCGAUGGUACUCUGCCUGUGGAGAGCUUCAAGUUCUACAUGGUUCAAGACUACCUAUANCUUGCUAAUGCACUUGCUGGUUACAAGGCCAAGACUCUGGAGGGCGUUGCAGCAUCUGCUGGCAUUGUCACGCACAUCCAUACCGAAACCAAGCUGCACGUGUCUGAGUGUCUAGAGCUGGGCGUUACAAUGGACGAGUUACGAAACUCUGAAGAGCACCAAGCCUGCACAGCAUACAGCCGCUAUAUUCUCGAUAUUGGUGCAUCAGAAGACUGGCUCGCCCUCCAAAUAGCCAUGUUCCCUUGCCUCCUCGGCUAUCAUCAUAUCGCAAAGCGUCUUUCCUCGCUCCAAGACCCUUCUGCACCCAAGAAUGCAAACCGCUACCGCCAGUGGAUUGAUAACUACAUCGCUGAUGAUUACACUCAAGCCGUUGGCAAAGGCAUGGAACUGAUGGAGUGUGGGUUCUGGGCGAUGGGAAUGGGUGUCUAA